AGGCAUGACGUCUGCAGUGAAUAUUGUAAAUAAUAUGGUGUUUAGGUAGGAGCCGUGAAACGUAAAAGAGACGGCCAGUGUCGUAAAUUCUGGUUUGUGUUUCAUCAGUGUAUUUUCGUAGAGGCUCGGACUAACUUGUUACAAGGACUAGUUUUGAUGGCUUCCAGUUAUAAGAAACCCACUUUGGCUGCAACAUCACAGAGGAAGAAGACUGGCCCAAAAGCUGACCUUACAGAAGAGCAGAAGCAGGAAAUUAGAGAAGCAUUUGAUCUUUUUGAUACAGAUGGCGCAGGGACUAUUGAUGUAAAAGAGCUGAAGGUUGCUAUGAGAGCUCUUGGAUUUGAGCCAAAGAAAGAGGAAAUCAAAAAAAUAAUUUCAGAAAUUGACAAGGAAGCAACUGGGAAGAUUGGCUUCAAUGAUUUCUUAGCAGUAAUGGCACAGAAAAUGGCUGAAAAGGACAGCAAAGAAGAGAUUCUGAAAGCUUUCCGGCUCUUUGAUGAUGAUGAGACUGGGAAAAUCUCCUUCAAAAACUUGAAACGUGUUGCCAAAGAACUUGGGGAAAACCUCACUGAUGAAGAACUGCAGGAAAUGAUUGAUGAAGCUGAUCGAGAUGGAGAUGGAGAGGUUAAUGAAGAGGAGUUCCUCCGUAUUAUGAAGAAAACCAGCCUGUACUGAAACUGUUCAGACUGCAUCCUUCUCUUGACAUUUUUCUAAUAUAAUGUGGAUUGGGGGAAUUGAACAUUUUAAAUGUUUCUUUUUCACAAGUAAUAUUUCUGUAUGUUUUGUAAGCAGAUGUUAAAUAUUUUCAGAAAUGUGUUUUAGAAAAGAUGCUUAUUGGGUAAAUUUGCAGCAUCCCAGUCUACAUAACUGCCCUCUGUGUACUUAUUUCUCAGUAUGCAUGUGAGAAAUAUCACAUGACCUGCUUCACAAAGUAAUGAGUUAAUGCCAUCAGGUCAACACUGAUGUUUAUUGAACUCUGACAUAGCCCAGGUCUCAUGUGUAUUCUGUGACAACCUUCAUUCAUAUUACUUGAAUUCCAGUUUAUUAAAGUAUUAUUAUUACUUUACUUAAGGGACCAAAUGCAUAAUAAAAUAUAUUACAAAAAAAGACUACUGACAGAGGAAGGCCAGUAACCUAUUUAUUUAACUUUCUAUUACUCAUUUUCCUGCUUUGUGUCUUGUUAUAUCUCUGUAUUAUUGCCUCUACUUUAUUUCCUUUUCUUAAAUAACUUCCUAUGAUGGGAGGAGUAUGCCCCUUCCUCUUUUUUAUUUUGAUUUAGAAGUAUCCAUUCCUUCUCCAACAGUUCUGAUUGUCAUGUAAAACAAAACUUUUUGCUCCUCUCUUGUCUGCUUCCAUUCCAAAUAAAAAUUUGCAGAUUUGA